UGUUAUUAUUUAAUGAUUCUUUGGAUAUUUUAAACGGAAUCAUUCAUCAUGGACACAAUAUCUAGUGAAAGUGAGUCAGAAAUGAAAUUUGACACAGUGCUAAACGCCGAGAUAGGACCGUUUGGAAAAUAUCAGUUGACAACCAUAGCACUGUUGAGUCUACCUGCGAUAUUCUGCGCUUGCAUGGCUGGAGACUACAUAUUCACGGCGGGUAGUAUUCAACAUCGAUGUGCAAUCCCGCAGUGUGAUGGACCACAGCCGGAAUUCGCUCCAGAAUGGAUUUUAAACGCUGUACCCGGAACGGCCACAGGCUUUGAUAACUGUUAUCGCUAUGCUAACGCAACUGAUAACAUUGACGCGAUCCCCAACAAUCAAGAUAUUUGCCCGGCUGGCUUGUUCGACAGAAGUACUUCAGUACCAUGCGAUUCCUUUGUGUACGAAACGACAAACACUGUGGUUUAUGAUUUUAAUUUGGAAUGUCAAGAAUGGUUAAGGACACUUCCCGGCACUUUAAACAGUCUUGGAGGAAUGGUUGCCCUCCUGUUGGCAGGUUACAUAUCGGAUCAUUUCGGUAGACGUAUGUCAAUAGUAAUUUUCUGUUUUAACAUUGGUUUAAUAGGAUUAAUUCGUGCGUUUUCGGUAAAUUAUACCAUGUAUGUAGCGUUUCAAUUUUACAAACGGCUCUCGGUGGUGGAGCAUUCAGCGCCGCUUACAUAUUGGCAGCAGAAGUAGUUGGCGCUGAAUACCGCGUACGCACUAGUGCGACAAUGUCCAGCCUAUUUGCUUUGGGUCAAGUACUUUUAGGUUUGCUAGCUUGGGCCAUUCCUGAAUGGCGAAAACUUACUUUGACGAUGUUUGUACCUAUAUUUGCACUUGUAUCUUAUUACUGGCUACUUUCAGAAAGUUACAGAUGGUUGCUAAGCAAAAAUGAA